AACAGGAGUGUAAACCAAACAUUUUAGUGAGGAAACUCACGUACAAAAUAAAAGAACGAGAGGAGGAAGGCAGUAUUUAUAUACAGCUUCUCAUUAAGGUGGAGUAAUUGGAGGUGUGGCCUUUUCCAGAUAGGGCAGGAGCACCACCCUGCCUCAGGUGUGAUCACGUGACCUCUCGGUGUCGAUUUUCUGACCACAAGCUUGCAGGUUUAUUAUUACACGCUUCCUUAAAUAACGUUAUUGUAUAUGAAACGAGAGAUGGAUGGAGAGAGAUAGAGAGAGAGAGAGAGAGAGAGAGAGAGAGAGAGAGAGAGGCGUGGGCGGUCUGUCUGAACGCGGUGACGUAGCCGGGCGCGGGGACAAUCCAUCGGAUUAGCGCGUGACCCGCAGGAUUUGUCGGGAGCGAAACGGAAUGGUCCAGUUUUAAUAUUUGUGUGUUUCCCCUGAAGCGUCUCCGUGUUUCCCUCCCGGCGGAGGGAUCUGAUGCCUUUUACGCACAAAACUCCAGGACGCAGUAAGAGGCGCACUCUCCAACAAUGACCACGGCUGUGCCAUGGCAGGUUUUUACGCACGAGGAGCCGAUAGGAGUGUUUGAGAAACUUUUUCUUUUUUUGGGAGGAUUCUGCAAUUUCUCUCUCUCUCUAUCUGAGAUCCGGUAACGUGUGAUAUUACCGCUGCCGGUGGAGCCUUCUAAUCCCUCCCUGAUUACACCGCGCACAGAUGGAUCGCGUCCGACUGACAGCAGGGCCGAGUCAGAUCCUUUUAACCGCGAUGCUUUUGCGCCUCGAUUCCCGAAUCGCAGCCGUUUGAGGGACCGCGCAGCACCACUUUCCUCCCCAGCUUCUAAGAUGAGGCGCGCGGUCCUGAAAGAAGUCGCCAAACGGUUCCCCUGGCUCGCCAACGUCACUCUGUACGGGUGUUUGUUCGCCGGUGGCGACCUCGUCCACCAGCUCAUUGCCCAGGAGGAGCGCAUGGACUGGAAACACACUCGCGACGUGGCCAUCGUGGCCAUCAGUUUCCAUGGAAACUUCAAUUACUUCUGGCUGCGAGCCCUGGAGAGGCGUUUCCCCGGGAAGUCCGCCGGGAUGGUGUUCCGCAAAUUGCUGCUGGACCAGAGCUUCGCGUCUCCUUUGGCCACCAGCGUCUUCUACACAGGAGUGAGCUUCCUGGAGGGGAAGGAGGACAUCCUGGAGGACUGGAGGGAGAAGUUCUCCAACACCUGGCAGACUGGACUCAUGUACUGGCCGUUCAUGCAGCUCCUGAACUUCAUCCUGCUGCCGCUGCACCUGCGGACGGCCUUCAUGGGCUGCUGCGCCUUCCUCUGGGCCUCCUUCCUGUGCUUCUCACGGCAGAGCGGCGACGGCACCGCCACCGUGGCGCUGGCCUUCGUCAUGGACCCACGCAAGACCCUGGAGGGGAUUCGCGAGGCCCGGCUGGCUCGGAAAAGGGACAACUAGAGGAAAGAGGAGAAGGAGGAGGAGGAGGAGCAGGAGGAGGAGGAGGAGGAGGAGGAGAAGAAGGAGAAGAAGGAGGAGGCUUCCGUCUUUUUUGACAGACAGGUUUCACUUUUGAUUUAUCCAUCAAAUUGACGAGCAGGUUAUUGGUUUAAAAAAACAAAACUUUCUCCCACACAUACGCACACAACAGUUGAUGAAAGGUGCAUUCUCUUUUCUGACCACCAGAGGGCGACUCCUCUGGUUGUAUAGAAGUCUAUGCUUCAUGUGUUAAAGCUGCAUUCUCUCUCCUGACCACCAGGGUGGCGACUCCUCUGGUUGUAUAGAAGUCUAUGAUUCAUGUGUUGAAGCUGCAUUCUCUCUCCUGACCACCAGGGGGUGACUCCUCUGGUUGUAUAGAAGUAUAUGCUUCAUGUGUUCAAGCUGCAUUCUCUCUACUGGCCACCAGGGGGCGACUCCUCUGGUUACCGGUGGCUGCUCGCAUCCGCUUCAAAGCACUGGUUCUUGGUACCGUGCUCUAGAUGGAUCGGGCCCCGUCUACAUCCGGGAUGUGGUCACACCGUACACCCCGGCACGGUCGCUCCGCUCGGCAACAGCCAAUCGUCUUGUGCCUCCUGCACCUCGAGCUCAUCACUCUACAUCCAGACUGUUUGCUGUCCUGCUCCUCAGUGGUGGAACGAGCUCCCCACUGACAUCAGGACAGCAGGAAGUCUCUACAUCUUCCGCCUGAGACUGAAAACACAUCUUUUCCGACUAUAUCUGGAUUAAAACACAGAUUUGCAUUUCAGUGGCACUGGGAUGGCACUUAUUGUGGUGCUUGUGGUUCGACUGAGUUGAGGAAGUGUUGCUUCCUGUGUUCUUGUUGUUCUUGGUUUGUACUCUCGGUUGAAAUGCACUUAUUGUAAGUCGCUUUGGAUAAAAGCGUCUGCUAAAUGACAUGUAAUGUAAUGUAAUGUAAUGUAUAGAAGUCUAUGCUGGUGAAAGUUGCUUCAGAUUUAACGCUCGGUGUUUCUGCUUUACGUUAGUUGUGCCUUCUCUUCUAUAUAUAAUACAAAUGAAUUAAAAUGUAAAAUAAUAAUAUAUAAAUAAAUAUAUAAAAUAUAUUAA